GGUGGAGUUCCCCCGGGCCCGGCCGUCCCGGGACGCGGACUCGCGACCGUGACGUCACGCCCGGGACUGGCCGUUGCGGCGAGGCCUCGCGUCCGGUUCCGGCCGGUUGCCCGGGAGACGCGGGUACACAGAGCGGACCGGCUCCGAUCGGAGUCCGAGUGGUCGUGGCGGUCGCCCCUCCGGGGACAAGCCGCCGUGGGCGCCAUGAGCCAGAGGCAGGUGCUGCAAGUGUUCGAGCAGUACCAGAAAGCCCGGACCCAGUUCGUGCAGACGGUGGCGGAGCUGGCGACCAGAUCCCAGAACAUCGAGACGCUGCAGCACGCAGGUAUAAUCUCUUUGCUGAGGCCUCUUCUUCUGGAUGUGGUCCCAACAAUUCAGCAGACUGCUGCUUUGGCUCUUGGGAGACUGGCUAAUUAUAAUGAUAACCUAGCAGAAGCAGUUGUGAAGGGUGACAUUCUCCCACAACUUGUUUACUCAUUGGCAGAACAGAAUCGUUUUUACAAGAAAGCAGCUGCCUUUGUGCUACGAGCAGUUGGUAAACAUUCCCCUCAACUAGCUCAGGCAAUAGUUGAUUGUGGAGGACUGGAUGCGCUGGUGAUAUGCCUGGAAGAUUUUGACCCCGGAGUCAAGGAGGCUGCAGCCUGGGCCCUUGGAUAUAUUGCGAGACAUAAUGCAGAACUGUCACAAGCUGUGGUGGAUGCAGGAGCUGUUCCUCUUUUAGUACUCUGUAUCCAGGAGCCAGAAAUUGCCUUGAAAAGGACUGCUGCGUUGGUGCUCAGUGAUAUUUCAAAGCAUUCUCCGGAGUUAGCACAGACAGUAGUGGAUGCAGGAGCUAUUGCUUAUUUAGCCCAGAUGAUCCUGAACCCUGAUGCUAAAUUGAAGCGCCAGGUCCUUUCAGCCCUCAGUCAGAUUGCAAAACAUUCUGUGGAUCUGGCAGAAAUGGUGGUUGAAACAGAGAUUUUUCCGGUUGUACUUACCUGUCUGAAGGACAAAGAUGAAUACGUGAAGAAAAAUACUUCUACUUUAAUUAGAGAGAUUGCAAAACACACACCCGAGCUUUCACAGCUGAUAGUUAACGCAGGAGGAGUUGCCGCUGUGAUUGACUGCAUUGGGUCCUGCAAGGGGAAUAUAAGACUGCCUGGCAUCAUGUUGCUUGGUUACAUAGCAGCUCAUUCUGAGAACCUGGCAAUGGCAGUGAUCAUUUCCAAGGGUGUGCCCCAGUUGAGUGUCUGCUUGUCAGAAGAACCAGAAGAUCACAUUAAGGCUGCUGCCGCUUGGGCCUUAGGACAGAUUGGGAGACACACUCCAGAGCAUGCCCGGGCUGUCGCAGUCACGAAUACUCUGCCAGUUCUGCUUUCUUUGUACAUGUCAACUGAGAGUUCUGAAGAUCUUCAAGUAAAAAGUAAAAAAGCCAUGAAGAAUAUCUUACAAAAAUGCACCUACUUACCAGCACUUGAGCCAUUUCUGUAUGAUGCUCCUCCCAAUAUUCUGAAGCAUGUGGUAGGACAGUUCAGCAAGAUGCUGCCACAUGAUAGCAAAGCUCGGAAACUUUUUGUGACAAGUGGUGGACUUAAAAAAAUUCAAGAGAUAAAAGCCGAACCUGGAUCUCUCCUUCAAGAAUACAUCAACAGUAUUAACAAUUGUUACCCAGAGGAAAUAGUAAGGUACUAUUCCCCUGGAUAUUCAGAUAUACUUCUGCAGAGAGUAGACAGCUAUCAACCACUUACAAACUAAGAAAGAUACUUUUUAUGAAUGAUAGUUAAAGCUCUUUUUAAAUAUUUGAACUAAGAACAUUCCUGAUUUAUUCAAUGUGAAAUACCUUUGGAUAAUAUUUCUAAAUGUAUGUAAUACUUUAAACAUUAGUGGCUUGAAUAUAUGAAGAAGUAUUCAUGGUCAUUUGCAUAGGAUUUGCUCUAAAGGUAGAUUUUAAAAAGACAAUAAAGGGUUUUAAGGCAAAAAAAGAAAUACUUGGAGCUAAAGGACAUGAGUCCUCAAGCUGGAAAGUUCACAGAAGCCUAACAUGAUGGUCCACAGUCAGAUUGUGUUGAAACAGCAGGACCACGGGAUAAACAGGAAAAGCAGGUCACCUGCACAGGAUGGCAUCUGACUGGCAUAAGAUUUGUCAUGAGACAUACUGGACAUAGAAGAUUAUUCACAAUACCUUCCAAGUCCUGCGGGAAUCUGACUUUACAACUGAAUAAUUUAAAGUGAAAAGAGAAAACUGAGAAUAACAUCUAUGUACCCACCACUUAAAAUAAAUACAUU